GAAGAGUCUUCCAGUCAGGAUCACACAACGAUAAUGAAUGGAAAGGCAUCGUAGCCAAGAAAAUUCAGCUCAGCAACUAAGUAGCCUUGCUUUUGGUUGGAUUAUUAUUGAAAGAAGAAUUCACAGAAAGAAAUGGAAAUGGAUUGGCCGGAUAAAUCGGAGACCAUUCUUUGGAACAGAAAACAAUUCUAUCCUCAUUGUUACUGUUGAGAUUAGGUUCCGUUUAGAGUAAAUUACAUAUUAGUGUUCUUUACAAAUGCAAAAGUAGUAGUUAUUUUUAAUGAGACAGAAUGAAACUGGUGUGGUGUAAACUUUUGAUUUAAACUGAAACGUUUGAAACAGAAGUGGUUGUGAUUUGGAAUAACGCAUUUUGGAGGAACAGGGGGAACUACCCACUGUUGGAAAAACUCUGGAAUAACGUCGUAAGAAGGAACUUAAUUUAUUUGAUUUACUAACUUAUUUUUAACCAUGGGGAAUAUUGAGAGUGUGGAUGGACAGUCGGACAAUAUGAAGCAUCAUAUAAUGCCGUUGAAAGUGCCCAUUCCUGACCAGUCGGAGUUGGAGGAGAGAUUUGCUUUAGUUUUGAAUUCCAUGAACCUUCCUCCUGACAAAGCCAGACUCCUCAGACAGUAUGAUAAUGACAAGAAAUGGGACCUCAUCUGUGACCAGGAACGGUUUCAGGUGAAGAACCCUCCUCAUGCCUACAUCUCCAAGCUACGGGGCUACUUAGACCCAGGAGUCACACGCAAGAAGUUCCGAAGGCGGGUCCAGGAAUCCACUAAGGUUCUGAGGGAACUGGAGAUAUCACUGAGGACCAAUCACAUAGGGUGGGUCCGGGAGUUCCUCAACGAUGAGAACAGGGGUCUUGAUAUCCUGGUGGAGUACCUGUCCUUUGCUCAGUGUGCUGUCAUGUUGAAUUUUGAGGGUCUGGAGAUGGGGGAGGAGAUUUCCCUGGACAAGUCUAAGUCCUGGAGUAGGUCUAUAGAGGAUCUCCAUCAGGGCAGCACUCAGCCUUUCUGCAACACGCUGGUCCGCUCUGCGCGCCAGUCUGUUCUCCGCUAUGGCACAGCACCGAACAGCAAAACCAUCAAGAACUCACUACUCGUGAGCCAGAAGGACGACGUGCACGUUUGCAUCAUGUGCUUGCGAGCCAUAAUGAACUACCAGUAUGGCUUCAACCUGGUCAUGUCGCACGCACACGCAGUCAACGAAAUAGCCCUCAGUCUGAACAAUAGGAACUCGAGGACUAAAGCCCUGGUUCUGGAGCUGCUGGCUGCGGUGUGUCUGGUUAGAGGAGGCCAUGAGAUCAUACUCUCUGCCUUCGACAACUUCAAAGAGGUGUGCAAGGAGAAGCAUCGCUUUGAGAAGCUGAUGGACUAUUUCCGUGUGGAGGAUGGGAACAUCGACUUCAUGGUGGCCUGCAUGCAGUUCAUCAACAUCAUGGUUCACUCAGUAGAAGACAUGAACUUCAGGGUUCACCUGCAGUAUGAGUUCACCAAGCUGGGCCUUGACGACUACCUGGAGAAAUCCAAGUACACAGAGAGUGACAAGCUGUCAGUCCAGAUUCAGGCCUACCUGGACAAUGUGUUUGAUGUGGGCGGGCUGCUGGAGGACGCCGAGACCAAGAACGUGGCUCUGGAGAAGGUGGAGGAACUGGAGGAACACCUGUCCCACGUGACGGAGAAGCUUCUGGACGUGGAGAAUGAGACCAUUAUGAAAGUGGCUGACCUGGAGAAGCAGCUCCUGCAGAAGGACAAGGAUCUACACGUCAUACGGGAGACGUAUGAGUCGACCAACACCCAGGUCCACACCCUGAGGAGGAUGAUCAAGGAGAAGGACGCUGCCUUCCAGAGGAGCUUCAACAUCGAGAAGCGCCUGCUGGAGAUGGAACAGCAGGGGACCAUCCGCCUCCGCAAGCAGCCGGACGGGGACAUCGCCAUCGAGCCCCUGGGAGGGGGCGGUGGUGGUGGUGGUGGAGGAGGAGGGGGUGGAGGUCCGGGGGUGCCUCUCAGUGACUUUGGGCAGAACGGAGGGUUCUCAGUGGGGCCUGGAGGAGUAACAGGGCCAGGAGGACCAGGAGGACCAGGGACUAGUCUACCAAGGGCCAGUGAAGCACCACCUCCUCCCCCCCCUCCUCCACUUCCCUCUGCUCUAGGAGAGAAUGCUCCAUGCCCACCCCCACCCCCUCCUAUGGCCCCGCCUCUACCAGGAACUGCUCCCAAUUUCAUCCUCAAUAUGGGCCUAUCAGCUAUCAGGAUCAAGAAGCCCAUCAAGACCAAGUUCCGUCUGCCUAUAUUCAACUGGACCGCUCUGAAACCCAACCAGAUCAACGGUACGGUCUUCAGUGAGAUAGAUGAUGAAAGAGUACUAGAGGACCUGGAUGUGGAGAAGUUUGAGGAACUGUUUAAGACCAAGGCCCAGGGUCCAGUGGUGGACCUGAGUGGCCCCAAGACCAAGGUAUCUCAGAAGGCUAUCAACAAGAUCUCCCUGCUGGACGCAAACCGCUCCAAGAACCUGGCUAUCACCCUGAGGAAGGCCAACAAGAGCACUGAAGAGAUCUGCAAAGCCAUACAGACCUUCGACCUGAAGGCCCUGCCGGUGGACUUCGUGGAGUGUCUGAUGCGUUUCCUUCCAACGGAGGCGGAGGGGAAGAUGAUGCGUCAGUACGAGCGGGAGCGGCGACCGCUGGACGCGCUGACGGACGAGGACCGAUUCAUGCUCUUCUUCUCCAAGAUCGAACGGCUCACCCAGAGGAUGAAUAUCAUUACGUUCGUCGGGAACUUCUCGGACAACGUCAACAUGCUAACCCCGCAGCUCAACGCCAUCAUCGCAGCGUCCGCGUCCGUCAAGUCUUCACCCAAGUUAAAACGAAUGCUAGAGAUCAUCUUAGCCCUGGGAAACUACAUGAACAGCAGCAAGAGAGGAUCUGUGUAUGGCUUCAAACUACAAAGUCUUGAUCUGCUACUGGACACUAAGUCUACAGACAGGAAGAUGACUCUGCUCCACUACAUAGCUGUGGUUGUCAAGGAGAAGUAUCCUGAGCUGGCUAACUUCUUCAACGAACUGCACUUUGUGGACAAAGCUGCUGCAGUGUCUCUGGAGAAUGUGCUGCUGGACGUGCGGGAGCUGGGUAAAGGGAUGGAUCUGAUCAGGAGAGAGUCUAGUCUCCAUGACCACUCUGUUCUCAAGGGCUUCCUCCAGACCAGCGACACUCAGCUGGACAAACUGCAGAAGGAUGCCAAGACCGCUGAGGAAGCCUUCAACAAUGUGGUGAACUACUUCGGGGAGAGUUCCAAGACCACUCCUCCCGCCGUGUUCUUCCCUGUGUUUGUGCGAUUCAUCAGAGCUUACAAGGAUGCAGUGGAGGACAAUGAGCAGAGGAAAAAGCAGGAGAAAGCCAUGAGAGAGAAGUUACUGGCUCAGGAGGCCAAGCAACAUGACCCCAAGGUCCAGGUAGUGAAAAAGAGGCAGCAGCAACAGGAGCUGAUCUCUGAGCUGCGUAAACGCCAGGCCAAGGACCACCGACCCGUAUACGAGGGGAAGGACGGCACCAUUGAGGAUAUCAUCACAGUGUUGAAGAGCGUCCCCUUCACAGCCCGUACUGCUAAACGAGGCUCACGGUUCUUCUGUGAUGCACAGCUGUGUGACGACUCCAACUGCUAGUCCCUACAGUUCCUCCCCCCCUAAUGCCAAGAUCUCCGCAGCCAGCCUUUUCUGCGGCACGACACGCUGAUCCGGAGCGGCUGGAAGAGACCCUAAACAAACCACUCGUUCUUCCUCCCUUAUCAUCCCUUCCUUUUAUAACCCCCCCCCUCCUGUGUCUCGGUGGUCUCACCCACCCGAGGCUGCACAGAGACUAAAAGGUGGACAGGACCGAACCAAUGGCCCUUGUUUUACAGGGGUAUUUAUUUAUUUAUGGAUAUCCUUUAUGGACACUGUCUCUCAACAAGCAGGUAUAACUGUAGUAUCACCGACAUAGCCCACCCUCCUCUCCCACUGCAAACACACACCGCACACCGCACACACACAGAUAAUAUUAAGAACAGGACUGGGCAGAAAGAGUCCAAAGAAGAAGAGUAUAGUGGUGAGUUGAGCCCUUAAAGGGGCGGCUCACCUCACACAAGCAGGAAGGAAGGACACUUCAACUGCAUAAGGUGGACAUGGAACCACAAGUGCCUGCUAAUUGUGGAUCUUAUUUCCAUGAACCUCGAUUUCCUCAGAUUGUGCAAUCGAAGCACGAUUGAGACUGGGAGACAGUUAGUCAAGUCACUUGGAUAAAUGACAGCAUAUGUUGACUCUACUGCUGGGAUUUCCACUUCAAAGAGAACUGGGUUGUGUUCAUAAGGCACCAAACGGAAGAAAACAGAAUGAAACAGGGAGGGACUACCUGGACCAAUAAGAAUCGUCAUUUUGGUUUCCGUUGCAAAACGUUUUAGGUUGUGUGCCCUACCUAAUGAAUAGGACCCAGGGUUUUGCCUUCACAUGAUGUCUCUGUCCACCAAUUUCAAAAAGGACUGAAGAUUAUUGUUAUAUCGGUGUCUUUUCUGGACAAGCUAGCCAAACCAAACUUCCUCUACUCUUGUGUCUUAUUUCUUAUUGUGCUAAAAAAAAGUGCCUUUUUGACAGUAUUAUUUUUAUGUGACUCAGCCAUAAUGUGUAUCUUUAAAGUCUUUUUUUGUUAGAUUGUAUUUUGUAUUGCCUUUGUAUGAUAACAUUUAAAUACUGUAAAAAAAAAAUCUGAAUCUCAGCUUUAAUCACUAACAUAUCUAAAGGUUGCUUCUCAGUGCUAUAAUAUAAAUGAGCGUAGGCCAAGUGUCUUCCGAAACGUAAAAGUGGGUUAAAACAUUCAAUGUUUUUGCUGUCUAUUACUUCUUCAUCUUUAUCACCUACUACAGUACAAUUACCACUUCAGUCGUACCAUUUCAUUACGACCUAAUUACCACUUCAGUCGUACCAUUUCAUUACGACCUAAUUACCACUUCAGUCGUACCAUUUCAUUAUGACUUAAUUACCACUUCAGUCUUAAACACUCCCAAGUUUAAACUGAAUUAUUUCAAACCACUGACUAAGAACCAUAAGGAACAUGACCUUGUUCAGAAGUUGAAAGCAACAGUAAAGUUGGUCUGAAUGUUAUGUAACUGACAAGACUUUCUUGCUUAGCAAGUGAUGAACGUAUGAUGAUGUUUCUAAACUGACUGUUUAGCUUACUUGCAUUUGUUGGUGGGUAAAGAAUGCAUUCCUAUGAGUCUAACCAUGUUCUCAAUGCUUGUUCUCUUUGCUUACAGUUUUAGAACCGCAAUGAUGACCAAUUUGGUUUUAGAACCGUAAUGAUGACCUUAAUAGCCAUCGAGUAAGCAGAAUGAUGCACGCUGAGAAUAUCUGUGUUUCAAUAUGGCUUUUCCUCAAAAGGGACCGCCCAUAUUUACACUACUUACAUUACCUUGUUGUACGAGACGCAAGUCUUAUAGCAGAUAUUUCUAUACACAUUUACAAAUCAAUGAAUAGAAGAAGCCUUGUACUUUUGGGUCAGAAGGAUAAAAUGAAAUAGUGUCUGACAUUUGAUGUAUGUUAUCUUAAAUAUGACUGCACUUCCCCCUUAAUAAACAAAAUGACAAUGUGACCCAAAUUUAAACAUAUCUUCUUUCUCUCUCUCUUUCGGUCUCUCCCCGUUCUCUCUUAGUCUCUCUCAUUUCUCUCUUAGUCUCUCCCCUUUCUCUCUUGGUGUCUCUCACUCUCGGUUCUCUAGCUGUCUUUCUCUUUUGGUCGCUUUCUCUCUUGAUCUCUCUCCUUUCUCUCUUGAUCUCUCCUUUCUCUCUUGAUCUCUCUCCUUUCUCUCUUGAUCUCUCCCCUUUCUCUCUUAGUCUCUCUCCUUUCUCUCUUGAUCUCUCUCCUUUCUCUCUUGAUCUCUCCCCUUUCUCUCUUAGUCUCUCCCCUUUCUCUCUUGGUCUCUCCCCUUUCUCUCUUGGUCUCUCUCCUUUCUCUCUUGGUCUCUCCCCUUUCUCUCUCGGUCUCCCCUUUCUCUCUUGGUCUCUCUCCUUUCUCUCUCGGUCUCUCCCCUUUUUCUCUCGGUCUCUCCCCUUUCUCUCAGUCUCUCCCCUUUCUCUCUCCGUCUCUUGGUCUCUCUCCAUCUCUUGGUCUCUCUCUCUCUCACUCAUUCUCUCUCUCCAAAUGAAGAUCAGAGCCACCAUGUGUUUGUACUAUAAAAAUCCAUUUAAUUUCUUCUAUCAAAAGAAAUGAAAUCAUAACCAACUGAAAUAGAGCAACAAAAAUCCAUGUGUAGGGUUUUGUUUUGCUGAAAUAUUUGUCAAAAUAUUUAAACAGCUUGUACCUAAUUUACAUUGUUCAAAUAAAAAUGUAACAGAGCAGAAAUUGAAUUAAAAUCCAAUGAAUUAUGAA